GCCCGGUAGGGUUUUUAAAGGUAUAGCAGUAGCGAGAUCAUUCUUGGUCGGGAGCAGAGCUCAACUUCUCCAAAUUGAUUUGCUGAUCGAUUCUUCAGGUUCUCCCGGUUCCAAUUUCAAACUUAAAAUCUGGGAUUUUGUACUGUUUGGCAUUUCGGAGGGAGGGUCACAUGUUCUGAUUCUGAUUUUGACUCAUGGUUCGCUGUUUAAGAUUUUAAUCUGUUCGACGGGGAGGAAGUGAGGCCAUUGGGGGGUUUGAUGGAGGGAACCGGUGACAUACAGGAAAAAGAAGAGAUGCUAGACAGCUUACCUCAGAAGAAACAAGAAUCACGUGAUGAAAUGCUAUCAAGGCACAGGAAAGAAAUCUCCCAGCUGCAGGACAAAGAAACUGCACUGAAGAAGGCGGCAGCUAAAGGUAGCAAGGCUGAGCAGAAAGCUAAAAAGAAGCAGGUUGAAGAAGAAAUCUCUAGACUUUCUGCACAACUCAAAGAAAGACAUGCAGAAGAACUUGCUUCUUUGGGCUAUAGCGCUAGUAAUGGCAAUGACAAGGCAAACCUUGACAAUUUGGUGAAGGCCAUAGCUGGGGUUUCAGUUACCAGUCAAGCUGAACAUUCAAAACCCAGUAAGGGUGCUAGAAGGCGUGGAAAAAGAGCCCAAGAAGAAGCAGCUAGAGAGCAGAGAAUACAAGAAGAGCAAAACAACAUUGUGAGUGAUCGUAUGAUUGAAAAUGAAGAGUUGGAAAAAAAGCUUGAGCCCCUCGGAUUGGCCAUCAAUGAAAUAAAGCCAGAUGGUCACUGCCUGUACCGUGCUGUUGAGGACCAGCUCGCUGUUCUCUCAGGAGGUUGCUCUCCUUACACAUACCAAGAGCUACGAGAAAUGGUGGCUGCUUAUAUGAGGAAGCAUGCAUCUGAAUUCCUCCCAUUUUUCCUGUCAGAGAAUUUGGCAGAAGGGGAUUCUGAUAAUUCCCUUGCAGAGAGGUUUGAGAGCUACUGUAGGGAAGUGGAGACAACCGCAGCUUGGGGGGGACAACUGGAGCUCGGUGCUUUGACUCAUUGCCUGAAGAAACACAUCAUGAUCUUUUCAGGAUCCUUCCCUGACGUGGAGAUGGGGAAGGAGUACAAAUCUGAUAACGAGAUUGGCUCUUCUAAUCCGGGUAUCAUGUUAUCAUACCAUAGGCAUGCAUUUGGCCUUGGCGAGCAUUACAACUCUGUGGUCCCAAGUUUAACCCAGUAGAUGAUGAUACUGUGAUCAUAUCUGCUAAAGGUUACCUUUUUGCAUAUUUACCUUAAUAUAUGUAACAUUAUCUUGAACAGAAACUUUUUGUUGAAAUGACCGUUUCUGGUUCAAUUGUUGAUGUGAUCAAUACUUGCCUGUGGCAAAUGGUGAAAUUGGGUUGGUAAGCCCUAGCCGCAUAGUUGUGACAACAUAUGCAUAGGCUGAUUAUUGGUUCAUCCAUGUGCUAAUGGAUUUUGUAUUUCUUCA